AUGUCGGUAGUAGGAAGUCACAAGUUUCCAAGAGGACCACAGGAAUUCAAGCUAUGGAAUCAAAUGUGAUGAUUUAUCUGAUGAUGAAAUAGCACUCUUCAGGUCAUAACAAAUCAUGCUGCCAACUGAGCACAUACAACCAUUUUACGUUCACGAUCACAAGCAUGAUGCAAUAUGUACGCAUGGAAUCAUCUCUGGAAUCAUAACCUGAUUUCAUGGGUGCACAAAACAUCAUUGCUGUUCCAAACUUAUGACGGCUUGCUGAUUUCUGGAUUUGGGCACCCAUCCAGGCUCAAUAGAUACCCCAUGACGAACGCAAAUUUGUGACAUUUGCGUUCUUCAUGGGUGCCCAGAGCUAGAAUUGAUCAAGCAGAUUCGUUUAUUGUUGACUUCGAUGAUUGGUCUGUAGGUCCUCACAUUUUUCGCCAAUUAGACUUGAAAUGGGGGUGUCACCCUAUUGAUCGGGCGUAACCAUUUAUUACCUAUAUUUCAUUCCAGGUUUUGGAACCCUUACUGUGAAGCUAUGGACUCUGUUAAGAGGUCGUGGGACUUUGAUAGCAAUUGGGUUUGUCCGCCACUCACCUUGUUCCGAGGGCUCUGA